UUGACCACCUUCCCAUCCUCAGCGCGCCUUCCCCCGACAAGCAAUAGCUAUACAUUAGGGACGAAACGGCUCGUCGAUGGGUCUUUCCCUUCCGUGCUUCGCUCCCUUCCUCACAUUCUCAUUGACUGCUCUCCCAGCUCAGCGGCUCUUAUCGCCCACCCGCCUCUCCUCCCUCCUUUAACCUCUUCCUCCUCCACCUCCUCCCAUGGAUUCCCCUCCUCUUAUCCUCCGUCCCUGACGCCACCUUCCUGCCAUCCCCCGCUCCUCGUUGCGGCAGGAUGGCCUCCUCUCACCGGUACCGCCAAGGCCUCCUGUCCUUCGUCCUCCUCGUGGCCGUCGCGGACAAUGCCACCUCCACUUCGAGCAUCCGCGUCGACGUCAUCCGCCGCCCGUCGAGCAUGGUCUCCUCCGUCCCCGCGUUCCGCGAGGCGCCCGCCUUCCGGAACGGGAACGAGUGCCCCUCGCCGUCGGAGGCGGGUCGCGUCGACAUCGCGAUGACCCUCGAUGCCAACUACCUGCGCGGUACCAUGGCCGCAGUCCUCUCCAUCCUCCAGCACACCUCCUGCCCGGAGAGCGUCACUUUCCACUUCCUCGCCGCCCAGUUCGAGCCCGACGUCCUCGCUAGCAUCCGCGCCGCUUUUCCCUACCUCGACUUCCGGGUGUACCGCUUCGACUCCGGCCGCGUGCGCGGCCGCAUCUCCCGGUCCAUCCGCCACGCCCUCGACCAGCCGCUCAACUACGCCCGCAUCUACCUCGCGGAAAUCCUCCCGCCCGAGGUCCGGCGCGUCAUCUACCUCGACUCCGACAUCGUCGUCGUUGACGACAUCCGCCACCUCUGGGAGGUGGAGCUCGAGGGGCACGUGGUCGCCGCCCCGGAGUACUGCCACGCCAACUUCACCAAGUACUUCACCGACGCGUUCUGGUCGGACGCCACGCUCUCCAGCACGUUCGACGGCCGCCAGCCCUGCUACUUCAACACCGGAGUGAUGGUGAUGGACGUGGAGAUGUGGAGGUCGGGAGGGUACACCAAGAUGGUGGAGGACUGGAUGGGAGUGCAGAAGCAGAAGAGGAUCUACCACUUGGGCUCCCUGCCACCAUUCCUGUUAGUCUUGGCCGGAAACAUAAAGGCAGUCGAUCACAGGUGGAACCAGCACGGCCUGGGCGGAGACAACAUCGAAGGCAAGUGCAGAAGCCUUCAUCCAGGGCCCAUUAGCCUUCUCCACUGGAGCGGCAAAGGGAAGCCUUGGUUGAGGUUGGACUCCAGGAAGCCAUGUGCCGUCGACUACCUCUGGGCACCUUACGAUCUCUACAAGUCCUCGUCACCCUCCCUGGAAGAGUAAGGCGACUUGAAGAGGUCGAAGAAUAGCCGGUGAAGGGCAAAGAGAGGUGGGAAGCAGAGAGAUAGCAUGGGGAGGGAAACGGGAACUGGUUUGUGUUAACGUACGUAGGAGAACUGAAUGGCUGUCAAGACAUUGAUGCGCCCGUGACAAGGUCGGGAGCAUCGUUUGGAUGGGAGAAGACCUGCUGCAAAUAGGAUGAGGAGGAG